CCACUGCGCAGACACCCAAGGAUACCGAGCUCGCGCCGCCCUCGUCCUCCGAAAUCGCCGCCGACCACUUUCCCCUCCUCCCCCAGCCUGCUCACCCGCUUCCCAGCUCGCCGUGCUCCCCUCCCGGCGGUGAAACCCGAAACCCACUGGCCGCCGCAGCGGCAUCGCGCUCCUCGGCGGAUGGGGCGGCCGCCGCGCGAUGUGGUGGGGAUCAGCUCCGACGAGGGCGAGGGCUCCCCGUGGUUAUCUGUCUCGCCCGGCUCCCUCGGACGGGUUGCGUUGCUCGGGGUCUCGCCGGCGCCAGUGCCAGUGCCGCGGAGGAAGAAGGGCAAGUCCCGCGGCGCUCGCCCCAGCAAGGACGACGACGACGACGACCCGCCGGUGCCAGUGCCGGGGAGGAGGAAGGGUAAGUCCCGCGGCGCUCGCCCCAGCAAGGACACCGACGACGACUACCCGCCGGUGCCAGUGCCCGGGAGGGGGAAGGGCACGUCCCGCGGCGCUCGCCCCAGCAAGGACAACGACGACGACGACCCGCCGGUGCCAGUGCCAGGGAGGAGGAAGGGCACGUCCCGCGGCGCUCGCCCCAGCAAGGACAACGACGACGACGACCCGCCGGUGCCAGUGCCGGGUAGGAGGAAGGGCACGUCCCGCGGCGCUCGCCCCAGCAAGGACACCGACGACGACGACCCGCCGGUGCCAGUGCCGCGAAGGAGGAAGGGCAAGUCCCGCGGCGUUCGCCCCAGAAAGGACAACGACGAGGAGGACGACGACUGCGUGAUCCUGGACGGCGACCCUGACGGGCCGGCUGUGGUCGCGGGCGCCAAGGGGAAGAGCGCGGGGGACGGCGCAUCAGACGAGGUGGAGAUCGUCGCGGCCAAAGGCGAGGUAGCGUGCAAAGAUUUCCCCCACUCCCGGCAUUUAUGCGCUGAAUUGCCCUUUGGCACCACUUCUCACCCGAGUCAUUGUAGAAUGUGCUACUGUUAUGUGUGUGAUGCUCCAGCUCCGUGCAAGCAUUGGGGCAAAGGGCUCUUGGAUGAUGACCAUUGUCACGCCACUAACGAGGAAACCAAGUGGAAAACACUGAGGCAAUCAUUCAAGCGCAAAACUCUGCUGGCACCUUAUCCAGAGAAGCAGCAGAACCUUGAGCCGGGCGAGGAGGCCGCUGUGUCCGGUAGAACCUACCCUAUAACUUCGACAUCGAGCGCCUUGGCCAGCUCUUCAGAUCAUUUACGGCAAGGGUACAUGCCAAAUUUGUGGACAGGGGAACAGGCUGAGUAUGCUGUGCAGAAUUUCCAUCUGCGUGUGAGUGUAUUUGAUAAAUGAUAAGUUGAUACGACUAUUGUCCUUAAUUACAUUAGAAAGUUACAUCUUCUCCUAUGAUCAUGUCUUAGCUGCAGCUCCUGUGCUCAUAGUUAAAGCAAGUGUAUGGUUGCAGUAUGGAUGGAAUGUCUUCCCCCAGUUGCGGUUGCAUACCUUUUAUGUAAUUAUGUAAUAUGUUCCUAUGGUACUAUGAUGUGGUACUUGUUUCUGGUUUGCAUACAAAGUGAAUAAUUUUCACGACUAUGCCCUUA